AUGGGCAAGUCCACAGUCAAUUGGGACAGUCAGGAGACCUGGCAGCGAGUCGUCGCCGCUAUCAUUGCCACUGGUGUCAAGAUUGACUACAAGCAAGUCGCACUCCACUUUGGAACAACUUACGAUACCAUCGAGAACCGCUUCCGCAAGAUCAAGAAGGAAGCCGCAGUCCUCAAGGCAGAAGUUGAGAGUGGUGAGCGAGGCGAGAUAACACCUGCCCGCAAGUCCGCUGCUAGCAGCCCCAAGAAGACUCCACGCAACACUCCGAGAAAGGAUGCUCUUUCUAAUGUCACCAACGGACGUAUCGCUAAGACACCCACUCCGUCGGGCCGUAAGAAUGGCAUCAAACUGGAGGCAAUCGAGGCAAGCUUCACCGACGCUCCGAGUGAUUUCGAUGACGGCCUGGGCGGUUUCGGCCACCUCGUAGGCAACUUCGACGAGGAUAUCAACAGUGACUACUUGACUUAG